GAGAGAGGGAGGGAGGGAGAGCUUAACAUUCGGUGUUUGAAACGUGCUUCGACGGGGGUUGUGGGCGGCGGAGAGGAGGUCGAGGGACAGAGGUAGCGUCCAGUGGAGGAGGAAGAAGAAAAGCGUUUCUUCGGAUGUGGGGUGCUGCCAGCUUGGACCGAAUGCUCCACUGCUCAGACAAGGACUGUCAGAGAGGCUGCAAGGAUUAAGCAGGAGGCCACAGGCUGGAAGACUGAGCGGAGGGGGACGCUUUAAGAGCAUCAUCCGAAGAGAAGCAUUUUUCUCACAGGCUGAAAAAGAACACGGGAAUAAAAGAGUGAAGGUGAUCGUUUCAUUGAAAUAUCCACACUUUUUAAGGUGGUCUUUCAUAGCGUCCUGGAAGAUUUUUUUUUUUGCCGACAAAAGACGCAUGAUUGGACCGAUCCGUCACUACCACCAUUGUUAUGUAAUAGAAUUUGAAUCAGAGCGCAGCAGCUGGGAUCACUGAGGCUGCUCUUCAUUUUUAAGUGGUGGUGGGUGGGUCGGACCACUCGAUCGCUGAGGGUGGACUCCACUGAGAGGAGAAAAUGUCGGGUCAGACGCUUACGGACCGCAUCGCCGCGGCCCAGUACAGCUUGACUGGAUCGGAAGUAUCCCGAGCUGUGUGUAAAUCCACCACACAUGAACAAACAGCCCCAAAGAAAAAACACCUGGAAUAUUGAAAACAUUUGGACAAACAAUGAAGAUCUGAUCCAGGCCUCCCAGGACACCAGCGUGAACGUCCCUCAGAUGGCCGAUACACUGAUCGAGAGGGCGGGCAACGCCAGUUGGGUGGUGGUUUUCAAGGCCCUGAUUACUACACACCACCUCAUGGUGCACGGCAAUGAGAAAUUUCUGCAGUUCCUUUCAUCGAGGAAUUCUUUGUUCAACCUUGCCAACUUUCUGGACAAAACAGGCUCCCAUGGCUAUGACAUGUCCACCUUUAUCAGACGCUACAGCCGUUAUCUCAAUGAGAAGUCCUUCGCCUACAGACAGAUGUCUUUCGAUUUUGUCCGAGUCAAGAAAGGAGCUGAAGGAGCAAUGAGAACCAUGACAGUAGAGAAGCUGCUGAAAGGAAUGCCUAUCUUGCAGGGUCAGAUUGAUGCAUUGCUCGAUUUUGAUGUCCACCAACCAGAAUUAAACAACGGGGUGAUAAACGCCUGCUUUCUUCUCCUGUUCAAAGACCUGAUCAAGUUAUAUGCUUGCUACAAUGACGGCAUCAUCAAUCUACUAGAGAAAUUUUUCCAGAUGAAGAGAAGCCAGUGUAAAGAUGGACUUGAGAUCUACAAGAGAUUUCUGACUCGCAUGACUCGGGUAUCUGAAUUCUUCAAAAUUGCAGAGCAAGUGGGAAUAGACAAAAAUGACAUACCCGAACUCACUCAAGCUCCAGAAAGUCUUUUAGAAUCCCUUGAGACCCACCUCAACACAUUGGAAGGGAAGAAGCCGUCGCCCACCAAGGACACAGUGGCGACGAACAGCUCGGCAAAUACUGCCCCAUCGACUGCACCACCCAAACCUGCACCACCCGGCGGCGCCGGGGGGCCCCCUGCUCGCCCUGGGCCGCCCGUCAAACCUCCACCACCCUCUGUCACACCCACAGCUGUAAAUCCCACCACAACCACCACCAGCAGUGCCCUGGAUGAUGGCUUCCUGUUGGACUUAGAUCCAAUGUCCUCGUCUUCAGCUGGUGGGACGGCAGCACCUUCUACUACAAUUGGAUGGGGAGACCUUUUGGCCGAUGCCACUCCCGCUGCCAGUAAUAUCGCUUCUGAGGCUAACCAAGCAAAGAAAGAGCUUGCUACUGAUGUUGCAGCGGCCUCUGCAGUGGCUGCAUCUGCAGCCACCGCUGCUACUGCUGCCACCAUGCCAGCACCGAGCUCCCUGCCUGUCGCAGCUCCCACCACCGCUUCAGUUAGGGAUAUCGACUUUUUUGGAGAUGCGUUUGCACCUUCCCCAGGAGAUGGUCCUGCCGCCGUGGCUGCGGGUCCGGCGACUGAUGCAUUUGGUGAAUCUGACCCUUUUGCUACGACCGAAGGGAGUGCAGACAUUACACCAGGGCUGGACCUGUUCGCUAUGAGACCCACCGAAACGGGCACCACUGCCAUCACCCCUACCACCUCCUGUGAGGCGUUGGCCAUCGCUGCCCCUGUCGCCGCCCCCGCCACCGCCCCCACCCCUUCUAUUACCACAACCACUAGCAUCACAGACACCACCACCACAGAGUCUGCUGCCGCUCCAACUCUAGAUUUCUUUGGUGAUAUGCUUGAAUCCAUGCCUGAGGAAAGUCCCACCACAGAAUCCAAAGCUGCCACCACUCCUAGUGUAGACCUUUUUGGUGCAGACCUCCCUGCUGUCUCACGCGGGCCUUCCCCUCUACCUGAGCCGGCUCCGUCUGGAGACAUUGUCACUGACCCUGCUCCUGAACCUGCCCCUGCCCCUGCUCCUGGCCUUGCUCCUGCGCCUGCUUUAGCUCAAGCUACAGCUCCAGCUCCUGUUGCUUCGACAGCAGCUCUUGUUGCUGCUCCUUCCACUGAGGCCUCCUCUCCACCCAAAGCAGAGCUGACCCCAGUUAUUGACCUGCUUGACUCCUUCGGUGGCUCUGUGAAGGAGACACAGAGCUCUGCUCCUGGGGGACCUGGAGGCGACCUGCUGGGAGACCUCAUGUCCCCAACCCUGGCACCCACCGUGGCCCCGGCCCUGGCUCCAGCUCCAGUGCAGAAUGAUCUUCUUGAGUCGGGAUUUGAAGCUCUGGGUUCACUUCCCUCUCCGACGCCACCUGUGCCAGCUGUACCAAUGAUACCUGCCACAGCGGAACCUGCAAAAAACACACUGGCGCACUCUGGUGGCUUUGAUGCUUCAAUGUUUGAUGGAUUAGGUGACUUGCUGAUGCCCGCCGUUACGCCGCAGAGCACCGGGGGAAGCACGACAGGAAGUGCAGCAGGGAGCAUGGGAACUCCCGUCACAGUUGAAAACAUUGCAGCUGCUCCACCUGCAACCCCGCCCCCAAGCAAAAGCGUUGCAGGGGAUCUUGACUCGUCAUUGGCCAACCUGGUCGGAGACCUGGGAGUGAAGAAAAAAUACCCCCAGAGUGAGAAGAAGUUGACUGGAGGAGCCAACUGGACCCCUCAUGUGGCCCCCACAAGCUGGACCACAACAGGUGUCCCCAUGGCUGGUGUGGGUCCUGGUGGACCUGGAGCAGCGCCUCCUAGUGGAGCAAUGGCGCCACCAAUGAGUGCACAGCCUGGUUUUGGCAUGCCUGCUGCAGGAGGGCCAGGAGCUCCCAUGAUGCAGCCCAUGAUGGGUCAGCCUAUAAUGGGUCAGUCCAUGAUGAGACCUCCCUUCUCUGGCGUGGUUGGAGCUGCACCGGGAGGAGCUGCGGCACCACUUUCUCCUGGACCUGCAAGCCAGAGUCCCAAAAAGCCCAAGGAUCCGCUGGCAGAGCUCGACCUUAAGGACUUCUUAUAACACAAAUGAAAGGAGGACACAGAUAUUUUUCUCAACAGUUGGAAUGCGCCCAUCGUUUACCCGACAUCUGUCAAGAUUCCAGGAUGCCAGUGGCCCUGCCAUUAUCUCUCCGUUGUCUCCUUCUCGACAUGAUAAGAGCCUCUCUCAUCCAUCUAUGUUCUGUUUCCUUCUCUUGUGUGAUGUUGUAGCACAAACUGUGAAAGUGAACCAUAGCGGAUUAUAAAUAGUAUACAAAUAUAUAUGAGAAAAAGAAUUCCAAGUGUGUGGUCAUGUAAGGUGUUCUCAACUUUUUGUCUCAAGCAAAAUCUCCACCAAAAAAAAAAAAAAUCUGAAAAUGUUUUUGAGUGAAAGUGAAGGCGUAUGUGAUUAGAUUUAUUUCAUGGUUACAUUUUGAUGUCCAAAGUUCCACCUGGUCUUGUCCCCUGCCUCCUUGAAAAAGGGGAGAAGGCCUUCUUUGUUCUGCUCUAAUUGGGUGAGCGAGCUUAAUUCAGUCCCCGUAUUUUUUUUCAGAACUAUAUUGUGUCCUGUUUACAAAAAAGGUUCUAAUGGAUGUACAUAGACACCACUGGUGUGUUUGACAAUUACGUACCUAUUCUGUACUGUAUGUCUGUUAAAGAGAACUAUUAAUGUGAAUCUGACAUGAAAUCGUGAGGAGUAAUGUGAGUGUCAUUCUGUCAUCAUCUGGAAAAAAAAGAUAAUUAAAUUGUAUGUUAUGAAAUUAAUUGUGUGGGCUUUGGAGACAUUGAAACAUCUAACUGAGGCUCUGUGUUUCUUAUUAUUUGUGUCUUAUUUUUCCAUGUUACUAGUUUGUGUCAGUUGUUUCAUCUUUAAUGAUGUCCGGCCCAAGUAAGGCAAGGCUACUGUUAAUCCAAAAGCUUUCGUUAUUUAUCAUGGAAACACAUUUUAACUCUGCCCCUCAAUGAAACAAUUGCACUUUUUAUUGCGUGCAGUGUAUUUUUUUUUAAUCUCGUUUGUGCUGACCAAUAAAUUUAAUAGGAGCCAAAUAAAAGCUUUCAAUUCUUUUUUUAAGAACAGAUGUCAUGGAUCCAAACUCUGGACAGUCUUGUAUGAUGGAACAGUUAUCAUUUAAACAAGUGUUCUGCUUUUGUGUUUGACAGCCCAAAUUAUCAAUCUCUGGGUAUGAACAAGUAUUUUUCACUGCUUACUGCAAUUUGCUGAAUUCUCUUCUUUGGCAUCAAGGAUUUGUAGUGUCUCAGACUGUAACAUUUUGAUCCACAUUGUUAUUUGUUAGAGUGUUUGUUUUGUGCAUUGACCUGGUUUUGGACUACAUGCUAUUUGCAUUUGAGAUACAGUCAUAUAUCUCCUGUGUCAUUCAAACGGACUGUUUAAAAUGUAAGAUUGUACAAAAGAGAUCACAUUAAACAUUUUCAUGGAUGAGUUAAAAGAAUUUUAUUUUUGUUUAAUUUAUUUUGUGUAUGCUGUCGCUUCCCAGUGCAUGUAAGCCCUCUGAGAUGCAAUAAACAAUGGAUUGAACUGCA